GAUGUUUUCCUCCCAAGAUACCUCUUUACAUGGUAUCAGAGCAAGAGUCCUAGGGUUUAGGUUAAACAUCUAGCAAAAGUACUGUUCACGGCGCACUGUUCACGCCGGCACUGUUCACGCGUACUGUUCACGCGUCUCGAGUUUUGACCCUUUCUUGGGUUUGAAGUGCUAUUCGCUAUGGCUGAAAGUUUAUCAAAAAGUAUUGUGACGUCCACUAAUAUUAUGCCAAUGGUGAUGCCUCAAAUCACAAAUUGGAAGUUGAAUGAUACCAAUUAUCAACAGUGGUCAAAAGCUGUUAAGAUUUAUCUGACAGGCUUAGGAAAGCAACGUUAUCUCACAGAUGACUCUCCUACGGAGGAUAGCAAGAAACUAAUGUGGAUUCAAGAGGAUGCCCAAAUUCUUGGAGCAAUAUGGAAUUCUAUGGAGCCACGAAUUGCUUACAUGUGUUCUCAUUGUGAGACAACAAAAGAAGUUUGGGAUUAUGUCCGGUUAUUAUAUUGCAGUAAUCUCUCACGGAUGUUUGAUAUUUCUUUGGAGUAUUUUCAGUUGCAACAAGAUAACAAGACAGUAACUGAAUACUUUGCUGAUCUUAAGCGAGUCUCAGAGGAAUUAAAUGCUGUAAUGCCUCUCUCAAGUGAUAUCAAGGUUAUGCAGAGGCAAAGAGAACAAAUGCUUGUGCUCAAAUUCCUGGCUGGUCUCAAGCCGGAAUUUGAACCAAUCAAAUCUCAAAUUUUAGCAGGUGAACAAUUACCAUCCUUUGCAGAGGCGUAUGCUCGGGUCUUACGUUCUGCAUCUAAGGACAAUGCACAGGGUGAUGGUCCUUCAUCUUUAUUACCUGAGUUAUCGGGUUCACCAGAUUCCACCACUCGAUUAUCUCAUCCUAAUCUUCAAGUUUAUUCUCGUCGUUCCAUGGUUGAGAAAGCUCCUGAUAUGCUACGCACUUCACCAAUUAACUCUCAAUCUUCAGAUCCAGGCACCAAGCAAUUAAUGCGUGUCUGGCUCCUCUAUAUUCUGUUGAAGGGAUGCAUGUAAUAACAGUGGAGGGUGUUGGGAAUUGCAGGCGUGGCCUACAUCCUAUCCAGGAAUCCUUAGCACGUUCUCAUGGCUCACAGUGUGGAUUUUGCACUCCUGGUUUCAUUAUGUCCAUUUACGCAUUGCUACGGUCGUCUCAAGAACCACCAACACUAGAGCAGAUUGAAGAAAGCCUUGCUGGAAAUCUUUGUCGAUGUACAGGUUAUAGACCCAUUGUUGAUGCAUUUCGAGUGUUUGCCAAGACUAAUGACAGCUUAUAUGUUAAUGGAGCCUUGGAAGGCCAUAGUGGUCAGUUUAUAUGCCCUUCAACUGGAAAGCCAUGUUCUUGUGGGUUGAAACCAGGAAAUGAAGAUGAGAAGCUAAAAACAGAUAGGUGCUCUGUUGAUGAUUAUAGUCCAGUCUCCUAUAGUGAUACUGAUGGAACGAUAUUCACCAACAAAGAGCUUAUAUUCCCCCCUGAGCUUUUAUUGAGAAAACUAACUUAUUUAUGUCUAACUGGACUAAAUGGCCUGAAGUGGUAUAGGCCUUUGAAGCUUCAGCAUGUAUUAGACCUAAAAGCAAGAUAUCCAGAUGCAAAAUUAGUUGUAGGUAACACUGAGGUAGGUAUUGAAAUGAGGCUCAAAAGGAUGGAAUAUCGGGCUUUGAUAUAUAUUGCACACAUCCCUGAACUUAACCAGUUGAGUCUCAAUGAUGAAGGUAUGGAAAUAGGUGCUGCUGUUAAACUUUCAGAGCUCAUGAAAGUACUGCAAACUGUUUCAGACAAGCGUCCUCCCUAUGAGACUUCAUCAUGUAGAGCUCUCAUUGAGCAGAUCAAAUGGUUUGCCGGAACACAAAUAAGGAAUGCUGCAUCUAUUGGUGGAAAUAUCUGUACUGCCAGUCCAAUAUCAGACUUGAAUCCUCUUUGGAUGGCUGCAGGAGCAAAGUUCCGCAUCGUUGAUGGCAAAGGGAACAUUAGAACAUGCCCGGCUGAAAAGUUUUUCCUAGGUUAUCGCAAGGUGGAUAUGGCUAGUAGUGAAAUCCUGCACUCAGUGUUUUUACCUUGGAAUAAGCAAUAUGAGUUUGUCAAGGAAUUUAAGCAAGCUCACCGGAGGGAUGAUGAUAUUGCAAUUGUUAAUGCUGGAAUGAGGGUUCUUCUUGAACAGAGGGAUACAAAGUGGGUAGUUUCUGAUGCUUCAAUUGUUUAUGGUGGUGUAGCUCCUGUUCCCCUUUUUGCAUAUAAAACAAAACUAUUUCUGAUUGGAAAUACGUGGAGCAAGGAGCUAAUGCAGGAUGCUUUGGAAGUUCUACAGGAGGACAUUGUGUUGAAAGAAAAUGCUCCUGGCGGAAUGGUUGAGUUCAGAAAAUCUUUAACACUUAGUUUCUUCUUCAAAUUUUUCUUGUGGGUAUGUCACCACGUUGAUGGACAAACAUCCUGUCCUUCAGGCAUUCCUUCAUCCCAUCUCUCAGCCAUACAACCAUUUCAUCGAACAUCUGUAACUGGAAGUCAGGACUUUGACAUAACAAAACAUGGAACUGCUGUAGGGUCUCCUGAAGUCCAUCUUUCAUCGAAACUUCAGGUUUCAGGAGAGGCAGAAUAUACUGAUGAUACCCCAGUGCCUCCCAACAGUUUGUAUGCUGCUUUGGUGCUAAGUAAAAAGCCUCAUGCACGUAUACUGUCUAUUGACGAUUCUGGAGCCAAGUCUUCACCUGGGUUUGCUGGAAUCUUUUUUGCUAAAGAUAUUCCUGGUAACAAUAAUAUUGGGCCUGUCAUUGCAGAUGAGGAACUUUUUGCCUCGGAAUUUGUCACUUGUGUUGGUCAGGUAAUAGGAGUAGUUGUUGCUGAUACACAUGAAAAUGCAAAAAAUGCUGCAAGAAGGGUUCAUAUUGAGUAUGAUGAACUGCCAGCUAUUUUAUCUAUGAAAGAUGCCAUUCACUGUAACAGUUUCCAUCCUAAUACAGAAAAGUGUUUGAGGAAAGGUGAUGUAGAUCUGUGUUUUCAAUCAGAUCAGUGUGAUAAAAUCAUGGAAGGGGAAGUCCAGGUCGGUGGUCAGGAACAUUUCUACUUGGAGCCGAAUAGCAGCUUAGUAUGGACAGUGGAUAAUGGCAACGAGGUUCAUAUGGUCUCAUCCACCCAAGCUCCACAAAAGCACCAGAAGUAUGUGUCUCACGUUCUUGGACUUCCAAUGUCAAAAGUUGUUUGCAAGACAAAGAGAAUUGGUGGUGGGUUUGGUGGAAAAGAAACAAGAUCAGCUUUCCUUGCUGCUAGUGCUGCAAUUGCAUCCUAUUUGUUAAAUCGGCCAGUAAAACUUACUUUGGACCGUGACAUUGACAUGAUGAUUACUGGUCAGCGGCACAGCUUUCUUGGAAAGUAUAAGGUUGGCUUUACAAACAAUGGGAAGGUCCUCGCAUUGGAUCUUGAAAUAUACAAUAAUGGUGGAAAUUCACUUGAUCUGUCACUUGCUAUACUUGAGCGUGCUAUGUUCCAUUCAGACAAUGUCUAUGAGAUACCAAAUGUCAGAAUUAAUGGAAGGGUCUGCUAUACUAAUUUUCCUAGUAACACGGCUUUCAGAGGAUUUGGUGGCCCACAAGGCAUGCUGAUUACUGAAAACUGGGUUCAGAGAAUUGCUAUGGAAUUGAAGAAAAGCCCAGAAGAAAUCAGGGAAAUAAAUUUUCAGAGAGAAGGAUCAGUAUUGCAUUAUGGACAAAAGAUAGAGCACUUCACCUUGGACCGUAUCUGGAAUGAGUUGAAGACAUCUUGUGAUCUUUAUAACGCUCGCAAAGAAGUUGAUCAGUUCAAUAGUAAUAAUCGAUGGAAGAAACGUGGAAUUGCUCUAAUUCCUACGAAGUUUGGCAUUUCUUUCACUACAAAGUUUAUGAACCAGGCUGGUGCCCUUGUUCAAGUCUAUACUGACGGAACUGUUUUAGUAACGCAUGGGGGCGUUGAAAUGGGGCAAGGGUUGCAUACAAAGGUUGCUCAAAUUGCAGCUUCUUCCUUUAAUAUUCCUCUGAGUUCAGUGUUCAUCUCAGAGACGAGUACUGACAAGGUUCCAAAUGCAACUCCAACAGCAGCUUCUGCAAGUUCUGAUAUGUAUGGUGCUGCAGUUCUGGAUGCUUGUGAACAAAUAAAAGUUAGGAUGAAGCCCAUUGCAUCAACACGUAACUAUAGCUCUUUUGCUGAGCUUGCAAAUGCCUGCUACAUGGAGAGAAUUGACUUGUCUGCCCAUGGGUUUUUUAUUACACCUGAUAUUGGCUUUGAUUGGAAAACUGGUGAAGGGAUUCCAUUCAGGUACUUCACCUAUGGAGCUGCUUUUGCUGAAGUUGAAAUUGACACGUUGACAGGAGAUUUCCACACUACAAAAGCAGACGUUACCUUGGAUUUGGGGUUUUCUCUCAAUCCUGCAAUUGAUGUCGGGCAGAUUGAAGGAGCAUUCAUACAAGGUCUUGGAUGGGCAGCAUUGGAAGAGUUGAAAUGGGGAGAUCCUGCACACAGGUGGAUUCCAGCUGGCUUCUUAUACACUUGUGGUCCUGGAAAUUACAAAAUUCCCUCUGUCAAUGAUGUGCCCCUUAAAUUCAACAUUUCUCUUUUGAAGGGUGCUCCAAAUGCUAAGGCCAUCCAUUCAUCUAAAGCUGUGGGGGAACCUCCAUUCUUUCUUGCCUCAGCAGUCCUUUUUGCUAUAAAAGAUGCUAUAGUUUCAGCAAGAGCAGAAGUAGGUUGUAGUGACUGGUUUCCUCUAGACAAUCCAGCGACACCUGAACGCAUCCGGAUGGCUUGUACAGAUGAAUUCACUAAAGCAUUUGUAGACUCGGAUUUCCGCCCGAAGCUCAGCAUUUGAUAAAAACUUACCCUGUAUUUAUUGUAAGAAUCAUACUCGUACAUCUUUGUGUGACUAUUGUAGCUAUGUAAUUCCAACUCUGAAAAGUGAAAGCAAUAAAAAAAAAAAAUUUGUUGUAUUA